GGAAACAGAGCGCUGCGUGAGAAGCGUAAACUGUCCAUGGUGAGGACCAGAAGAAUGGACUUUUGAUAGGGAAAGUUUAAGUGUUUAACGUUACAGGAUGUACGGAUGUUAACUUUACAAGAUGUACGGAUGUACUUUAUACUUUAACCGAUCGAGGAGCAUUAUGAACCACUACUAGAAGAAGGGAGUGUAUGGAGAGGAGAGUUUUGUGUUUUUUAUUUGCUCUGGUUAGCUGGUUAGUGUUAGCUUGCUAGCACUAUUGCGACACAAUGAAGCUGAACAUUGGGGAAGUUGGAGGAAUUUAAUAAUAUUAGAUACGUUUUUUUAGAUGGUAUAUCCGAUUUUGUAGUGGCAUAGCUCGGAGUUUUUCUGGAUGUUGAAAAUCGUCUCCCUUUUGGACAACUUAGUGUUAGCGUUUUGUUUUUUUCAUCCAGAGGAGGUGAUACGAUCUUACACAGGAAAUUACAACCGUAUUUUCAUAGUUCUAGAAAUAGGAUCUGUUUUGUAGAAGCAUUGGUUGUUUGCGGCCAAAAUGAAGGUGUUAGAGAGAAAUGUGAUGCGUCUUGUGGCAGUGCAGCACCUUCGCACAGCUUAUGGCAUAAAGACUAAAAACUGGAAUAAAAACAAAGCUUCCCGGGCAUCAGCGAGUAUCUCGAAAAAGGUGUUUGGUGUGCCUCUUGAGAAUCUGCCAUGUUAUAAUAUGGAUAAUGGAAUUGUGCCAAGAUUCCUUGUUGACGCUUGUAUAAAUCUAACGGCUCAUGUUGACACAGAGGGCCUAUUCAGAAAGUCAGGAUCCGUUGUUCGUCUCAAAGCUCUCCGGGCCAAGUUGGAUGCAGGAGAAGACUGUCUGUCCACAGCUCUUCCCUGCGAUGUGGCCGGCCUGGUGAAGCAGUUCUUCAGAGAGCUGCCGGAGCCUGUGUUUGCCUCAGAGCUGCAGGAUGCUUUUCUCAAGGCUCAGCAGCUCAACUCUGAAGAGGAGAGGACAGCGGCCACCAUGCUGCUCUCCUGUGUGCUCCCCGAAAGGAACCAGAACACCCUCCGACACUUCUUUGAGUUCCUUCAGACCGUAUCCUCAAGGAGUGUGGAAAAUAAGAUGGACAGCAGUAACCUGUCUGUAAUCCUGGCUCCAAAUCUCCUACACUCUGCAGAUGGAGCAGAGAAGAUGAAUACCAACACGGAAAAACGCCUCAAACUCCAAGCAGCAGUUGUCCACUGUUUCAUUGAAAAUGCUCACAGCUUUGGUGUUCUGCCACAAUUUCUUCAAGAGAGAGUGCCAGCUAUGAUGGGUUGUGAUUCUGAUGUUCUGUCUCCUACUCACGAGGAACUCCGUGAACUUGAUCUUAACUCAGGAAUGAAGAGGAGGCCUAGGCGUAGUUUUGGAGAUAUGGUCAGUGGGGCUCUGAAUAAGAUCAAAACUAAUAGAACACCCACACAUAACUCCCAGUCAGACAGUAUUGUUUUUUCUUCUGCAACCCCUGUAAUUGCAACCCCCAACUCCAAGCGAAAACUACCUCUGGAAUCUGGUCACAGUUUUGGGUUCUCAAAUAAAAAACGCAGAUCAAUGAAGAAGAACCUUGGCAUAGAUUUACUUCCUGACCCCAUGUUCAAUGGAACAUCUACUCCAGGAUCUGCUCGUAGUGCUUCUGGUGUCCUGGACUCUUCAAACACCUGUGCUUCUGGAGGAAGAUCUCAAAGGCGUUCUGUGACUUCUGCCAGGAGAAAGAGCCGAAGACUCAGCAGUCGGCAUUUAGUCAGCAGGGUGGAAUCUGGCAAAGCCGGUUGCUUCUCUCCUAAAGUCAACAAAAAGGAUGCACCACGCAAAUCUCUGCGCAUGCGCUUCAGCCUGGGUAAAAGCAGCAAAGACGCUGGAUCUGAAUCCAUUGGCUGGAGACUUGCCUCUCAGGAAAGCACAACCAGCUUUUGUUUCACCAAAGAAAUGGAGUUCAUCAGUCCAUCUGUACUACCCAGGAUAAGUGAGGCAAACAGCACCAAAUUCAUCAGUAAGUCUGAAGACAACCUGUUGACCCCUCACCCACACUCAAGUGACCGUCAGGCUGUUUGGACAGAGACUCCUGUCACAUCUCAGGACUUCAACAGAGGGUCUUUCCCAGAUACUCCCAUGAGCAUGUGCCUGAAGAACACUUUCUCCUCUGAGCCUGCAAUAGUCAUAGCCAAGCCCUCGCCAAUGUCCAGCCGGCCCCUGAAACUAUGUUGUACUACAAGUGCAGGCAGUUUAGAGAGCGAGGGAGAAGCUGCUGAAGCCCAGAUUCCAACAGGAUCUACUCUGCUAAAGAUUAACCAGGCCUUUACAGAAUGGAGUAGUGACUGCCAGCCUGUUGCCUGCAAUUCACCUGCAAAAACUUCAAUAUCAAAUGAUGUCAGUGCGUCUCAUCCAGAAACUCCAGUGAACUCUGUUGCAUCUUCCUCCGUGAUACCAGCUCGGCAGUCUUUUUUGGCCAAUUAUGACAAUAAUGUUACAUUUGGGCAAAUGGAGCUUGCUUGUCUGUCUCCUUUGCAUAUUGAUAGUGUAGUGUUUGAUUGUGAUACAAACGGUAGUCUCUUGUUAAAGGCCUCUAAAGGUACUGCCCUCAACAUCACACAUGAUGUGCUGGACAGUGGAGAAAAGGAGGAGGAGCUGGUGGACUGCAGUAGAUUGAUCGAUGCUCUAGACAUUCAGAGUCCGGCUCACUUCAAACUGGGAGUGUCGUCUGGGCUGCAGUCGACUCCAUACAGACCCGACUUUGAACCCAGUGCUGAGCUAUGUACUCCCCCAAGGGCUGAUAUUGAAGUUAGUGUUGUAGAUGAAAAACCUGAUAAAUGUACCAAAGCUGAUGACCAGAAGGUGGCAGUGUCUCCUGACCAUCUGCAGUCCCAAAAGCGCAGAGUGGCAGAACGCAUUCAGCACUUCAACAGGCUCACUCUGCGUUAUCCUGAAGGCUCUCAGGAAAAAGCCAGCAGGUCUCCUCUCAGGUUCCAGCGCACACCUGUCCGUCAAACUGUCCGCAGAAUCAAUUCACUUAUGGGAGAGAACAGAAGACCCACAAGAGGCUUUGUUCAACAGAGCAUGCAAGUGCCAAAAGCUGUGAGUCUAGAGACCGGCCUCUCUCCAUACCCACAGUCCCAGCAUAAUCUGGAUGAACCACAGGUCCACAGUGUUAAAUCUGUGAAAAAGCCCCCUCCUGUGCCUCCCAAAAAACCUAGCACCCUGGCCCGUAAAGCCAAGCAGUGUGCCCUUGAGGAUGUGACAAACAAGGUCCAGCCUAAAAUCAAAUUGAACACUUCUGAGUGCCACCAAGACCAGCCUGGACCCCAGAAUCCUUUUGUGCAACAAGUGGUGGAGAAAGAGAUGCAUCAUUACAGAGGCUCUCCCAGAAAUCCCUUAACACAGACCAGACUACUGUCAGCUACUAAACCUGUUGAUUUUUAGUCUUCUUCGUCAUGUGACUUAUUAUGCAGGUCUUGUUGAGGAAUAUGAUGUAGACUGUUUGUUAAGUGGUACUUAAUUUAUUCUGCUUAAAUGUUUACGAUCUUUUUUAUGGUGGGAGACCUUUGCCUUACAUUUGUAAAAUAUGUCAGUUUAACUAGAGUUGUGUUAGUUAUGUCAUUAGUGUGCAGACCAGAUUAUGUAUGUGACUGGAAACUUUGUUCUUAUGGAUGUAUUUUGGGAGAUUUCUCAAACAUUUUUAAACUAUUAUUUUUACCAUCUUAAGUAAAAAUGCACCUUCUGUUGUUCAAAAGAUGCCAAACAGUAUUGAUUAAAUCAAGUCUUUUGCAAAGUUGUAUUUUGUAAAACUGCCAACCAGCAAAGUGAUAUUUGUGAACCGCGGCACACAAAUAAAUUCUAAAUCUGU